UCUCUCUCUCUCUCUAGAUCAGCCUGUGAUCUCUUCUCCAUGUAUAUAUGAUUGAUUACAUAUAGAAGUGCUAACCUGUGUAGACACAAGGAUAGAACGUUUGAGGUACUUGUUGGCAGUGUUUGGGUUUUGUUUUGUUUAUUUGGAGUGAGUAGUGAUUUCAAGGAAAUGGGCAUCUUCUCAUUGAUGACGGGGAGGGCAGGGCCAAGUGGGUUUGGAUCAGCUUCGACUGCCGAGCAGGUUACCCAAGGCAUUGACGCCGCUAACCUCACUGCUAUUGUCACCGGAGGGGCAAGUGGAAUUGGGUUGGAGACAGCACGAGUCUUGGCUCUUCGAAAAGCUCAUGUUAUCAUUGCUGCGAGGAACAUGGAAGCUGCUAAUGCAGUAAAACAACAAAUCGUUAAAGACAUCGAAACUGCUCAUGUGGAUGUUCUUAAGCUCGAUCUAUGCUCAAUGAACUCCAUUAAAGCAUUUGUUGCCAACUUCAAUGCUCUUGACGUUCCCCUUAACAUCUUGAUAAACAAUGCCGGUGUCAUGUUCUGCCCCUUCCAGCUUUCAGAAGAUGGAAUAGAGAUGCAAUUUGCAACAAAUUAUCUUGGGCAUUUUUAUUUGACAAAUCUUCUGCUGGAGAAAAUGAAGAACACAGCAAGAACAACGGGGAUCGAGGGCAGGAUAGUCAACUUGUCAUCAAUAGCACACCACCACACUUACGAACAUGGGAUUCGAUUUGACAACAUCAAUGAUAGCGUUGGUUAUUCUGACAAAAAGGCGUAUGGGCAAUCCAAAUUAGCAAACAUAUUGCAUGCCAAUGAGCUGUCUCGUCGGCUUAAGGAAGAAGGUGUAAACAUUACAGCAAAUUCAGUCCACCCAGGACUGAUAAUGACUCCCCUAAUGAGGCAUUCUGCUGUUAUGAUGAGAUUGCUGCAGUUGUUCACCUAUUUCUUAUGGAAGAACAUACCCCAGGGAGCAGCCACGACUUGUUACGUCGCACUCCACCCAAAUCUGAAAGGUGUGACUGGAAAGUACUAUCUGGACUGCAAUGAGAUGGAAUCAAGUGCCUUGGGCAAGGAUGCUGUGUUGGCUCGAAAACUCUGGGACUUCAGCAACAAAUUGGUUAAUUCGGCUUCAAAACCUUGAAAACAGCAAGCUACGUAUACAGCAUGUUUGAUAAAUGAGUGUUGUUAUAUAUAUCCACAGAGAAAUUAUAUAAAAAAAUAAUUUUAUAAAUUGAUGUGAUUUCAUCCGAUCCGUUAGAUCUAUUUUAUAAUAAAAAUAGCUUUAUAAUCUGACGAACCAUAUCAAAUCACGUUAGUUUGUAAAAUUACUUUUGUGUAAUCAAAUAUAUUUCUCUUGAUAAAUUAUACUAGUGCUUUGGUUGAUCUGUUAUACUAUCUUAUGGAAAAGUAGAUAUAAUUGCAGUUGCAGUCAGUACUUGUACUGGCAAGGAUCGAAUGUGAUAUUUAAUCAAUCGAUUGAUUGAUUGUUGAUGA